UAUAGUCUCAGUGUACCUGAAGCCCGCGCGCGAGCUUGACGCGCCUGUACUCUUACUUCGCCGGAGCUUUUUUCACCCGGAUUCACCAAUCUGCCGCGAGCUGUUUUUCUCUUUCUCUCUUAUACUCAAACUCUGCGCUCGAUCGAAUUAAAAGUGCCCGUUACUCUAUCAACGAUCUCGGAUCUCGAUCGAUCGCGCUGCUUGUAUAACAUAAACAUUGUCGGAAAUAUCGAGCCUCGAUCGAAAUACGAAAGAAAAGCUCGGGUACAGUCGGCGCAUAACGCAAUUGUUUUACCGGCGUGCAGCUGCAAGGAGUAUAACAGAGUCGCCGGAUGCCGAGGCAUGCGCCCUACAAAUUUCGGGAUUGAUGUAUCGCAGAGCGCAGAUCUGGAUUUGUUACACGCUAUGCUUGGCUCUGGUAAGUUUGCCACGCGCCGCACGGGGAAAUAUCACUACAGCCGCCACAAAAACAUUGGACUGGUGCAUACCGCAAUGCAUGUGUCUCUCAAACACCCAGAUCCUCUGCAACACAGGCGGUCUGCGCGACAUACCGACUAGUCUGCCCUCGAAUCUGGAGGAGUUGUCCUUGUCGAAGAACGAGUUCGGCACCAUCCGCAACGACGCGUUCUCUCAGCUGCGCCACCUGAAGAAGCUCUACCUCGACGGCAACGUCAUCCAGGAGAUACGGCCCUUCGCCUUCCGCGGUCUGAACAAGCUUCUCGCUUUAUCCAUCCAGUACACGCCGCUCUCCUACAUCGGCGAGUUCUCCUUCGCGGCUCUGCAGAACGUCAGCGGUAUCGUCCUCUCCCACAACAAGAUAGCCCACAUCAAGGCGAACGCGUUCGCCGGUAGCUCGCACAUCGGCAUAAUCGUCCUGAGCAACAAUCCGCUCAAGAGCAUACACAGCCACGCCUUCUCCGGGUUGACCUACGUCGGCCACCUCGUGCUCCCCGGGGGUAUCAAGAGCAUCGAGCCCGACGCCUUCAACGGACUCGAGCAGGUCGGACAGCUCAAGAUGACCUUCAUGGAUCUCGAGGGCGUCAAGCCCUACACCUUCCGAGGACUCAAGAACGUUAACCACCUGCUGAUCCAGACGUCGGACCUGGGCGUCAUCCACAAGGACGCCUUCUUCGGCCUCGAGCACAUCGACCAGCUGAACAUCGUGAGCAACAAGAUCGACGCGAUCGAGGAGUUCCACCUGGCCUCGAACUUCUCCAUCAACGUGCUCCACUUCCACAAGAACCACGUGCUCAAGGCCCCGAAGUACGGGGACGCCUCGUUCCGGGUGAACCGCAUCAGCACCGAGGAGAACCACUUUCCCUGCGACUGUCAGAUCCACCUGGUGCUCGAGAGCGACUUCGUGAACGGCAGCGUAGACGAGUUCCGCCGGCACAACUUCUGCAUAUCCACGGCCGAGUUCAACGGCAAGCCCAUGAGCGUCGUCGAUCUCGAAUCCAUCGCCAGCUGUCACGACAGGCUUACCAAGGAUAAUUACGGCUCCGGCGUCAGCGUCAGAUCGAACAGGCUAUGCUUCGCCCUCGUCAUUGGCUUUAUGGGCAUGUCUAGGAGGCUGGGCUUGCUCCUCUAGAUUCUGACGAGGCUUUUCUAUUCGAGUAUAUAUAGCCGCGUACACGUAUACGUAUAUAUAUAUAUAUAUAUCGACUCUAAGGUUGUGCAAAUUUUGUAUGCGUCUCUUGAUUGCGGAAAUCAUCCGGUCGAUCUCGUUAUUGGCCGAUGUUGUUUGCGCGUUUCCUCUCUCGUUUGACUCGCCGCUUUGUACAGCGCGCCGUCGCCUCCCACGUACUGCUGUACUACUGAUUUCGCGUAAUUGCAACGGGGGAGACCUGUUUCGCGCGUUUUUUCUUUCUUUUUUUGUUUCAAUCGAAUUACGUUCUAACGGUAUAUAACGUACGGGAUUUCGAUAUGUUCUGAAAAGUGGACUGUUUAUUAUAUCGUCGUAUUUGAUAAUUAUUCUAUAUUUAAUCCAGAGAGCUUUAACCGAAUGUUAUAAGGACGCUGUUGGCAAACGAUUCUUUACCUACGUUUACGUGUAAAAAUAAGAUGUUGAAAUCCAAAGCUAUACUUUAUUGCGAGAACUGAGAAAGUAUACCAAAUUAUAUAUAUGAGUUCCUUGGCUCUUUCGUUGUUCAGAUCCGAUGUUAUAUAUUCCAAGGGUAUACACAUUAUGAAAAAGGUCCAAAGAGACGAUAAUUAUUAAGACUAACAAAUGAAAGUAUAAUAUACUCAAACAAAAAUGAACGAACGAAAGUAUUAACAAUAAGAAAGUUCAGGGUACAACGACCCGAGUAUAGAAUUGAGACGAUCUGUCUUAUGGCCGACUACAUCUACACUACUACUACUUACUAUAGCGAAAGGUAUAUACAGUUAACAGGAGAAGAUGACGAAAGUACUAUUGUAUAAGGAUGAAACGACAAAAAAUAAUGGUAUAACGCGCAUAUACAUAUCGUAUAUCGAAACUCACUCAAUGAGCUUUUAAAGAAAACAAAAAAUACAAUGAUAUAUAUAUAUAUAUACAAACGCGUUGAUCGCCGGUCAUUGAUCGAAUCGUCCGGCGAGCGCGAUAUCGUGUGCUAAAAACUGUUUUUAAGGUUUCGAAACUUACUGAAAGUAAACCGUAGCUUCUAAGACGUGUAGGCGUAUGUAAGGUUGUUGAAUCGUUUCUUUUUGAACUUAGAAAUUCUUGAAUGUUGAAAUAACCAAUUUCCAAUCUUGACAUACACUCCAUUAAUUUAUUCAAAAGUCUAUAUCCGAGUUGAAGCUUUAGUUUGUAAAAGGGCGUUACGAUUAUUUCGCUUAUGCAAGUGAUGUAUACAACUAUAUGAAAGUACAUAUAAAUAAAAACUCUCUGCGUAGCUUGGCCUGAUGUGCUGUAUUCGCACUUUCGAUAUAUAUCUCGAAAAAUAUAAAACGGACGUACGCCUGAUACGCAGGCUGCACAUAUAGUAUAUAGUGCGAACUUUUAACGACGAAAAAAUAAAGUAUAACGCUUCGCAUAAGUUUGCCUAUGCAUAUAGUAUAUACAUAUAUACAUACAUAUUCGCGCUAUCUCUUUACAUAUUGAUCUCGACGAAGAAAAAAAAAAUGAAAGAAAACGUAAGAGAAAGAAAAAGAAAGUACUCGAUACAUUGUUAUAAAACUUAUAUACAAUAACGAAGAUAUGAUAUACUUUGCACUUUUUAUCCCAUACCGCGAUGUACAUUUCAUUAUAUACACUGUGUGUGAAACCGAUACAGUUCAUUAUAAUAUUUUUCAGAGUUUCUUCUAUAGUGUUUUAUACAGCUAUAAGGUGUCGUGUGUUUCAACGAGCAUUUGUUAUGUAAAAAUGAGAAAAGCCACAAAUUAUAAAACGAGAGGCGCUCUUUGUCCUGGAGUCUCGAAAAUUUUACCCGCGGAUUUAUGCAAGCGAAUCUCGAGGGUGAAUGGAAAAAUUGAUUUUCUUUUUCGAUUGUGUAAAUGUUGAAAAACUCGACACGUAUCAUAUUAGGCCGAUUCGAGACUCGGGAGAAAGAUCGUUCGCCACAAGUAAAAUUAAGAAUUUAAGAGUGGAACUCGAAAAUUAUUGCUCCGAGAUGUUUUGAUCGUUUGCAGUUUUUUGUCUGCAUGUGCAGUAUAUAGUAUAGUUAUUCCUUUACGUGCGAUUGAACCGUAUUGUCUAGAGCUACGACUGUUUGCAAAUUAUCAAUUUGAUAAGCGAAGAUAAACGAUAUAUGUUGCCAAAGACUAUAGAACCAUGAAAUGCUGCUUCUUUUUGAAUUCCACUCUUGUCGAGGGUUGUGCCGAAUAUUCCUUGUGCUCCAAAGUUGCUAGAGUCUAACCACUUGUAGAAGUUAGAUGACGUUAGCGCCAGACAAAGGCAAGAGACAAGAAAAAUAAAUAGAAAACCGAGAGCAUUAUAAUUACGGUAGUCCAAUUUUUAAGAGUGUCAAUUUAUGCAAUGUUCCCUAUCGCUCGUGUCACUGACCACAAGAGCGAAAUAAUAAUCGAAUAAGCUUCCAUGAGUGAAAGUACAUAGACAUAUAAUCGUUUUGUUUUCUGUGGAGAGUACGACAUGACGUGAAAAUUAGAAAAGAAAAACUAUUACAAAGUAUAUAAUCGAAACCAAAGGCCAAAAAAAAAACAUUGUAUUGCAUGACCGCGUCGAACGUGUUUGUAGUUCGAUGCUGAUAAGUGCAGACAUAUAUAUAUAUAUUACAAAUAUCAUUAAGGCUUCCGCCAAAGUGGCUGAGAACGGGUGAAUAAGGAAAGAGAGGACUGAGAUUAUCGUGAAGAAGCUUUUUUUAUUCUUUGUAAAAUCUGUAUACAAACGCCUCUUUUAUAGAUAGUCACACACAAUGUUUCUCUUUACGUUUAUCGUGAUAGAAAGUAAAUUUUCGUUCUGAUCGAAUAGUAAAUGUAAAUAAGCAGUGUAUUGUGAGAGAAAGAUGAUUUGACAAGUGUAAUUUUCAAGCGUAGUAAAUUUCGAACGAACUUGGUCCUGUUUUUCAAGCUUGCUCGUCAGCGACCCAUACUGUGUAAGACUUUGCUUGGCCUUCGGUCAGCAUAAUAACCGAGGACCAACCUAGCUUGUAUUUUUUAUUGACAUUGUCAGCAGAGAAUGUAUACACCGAUUAUCCUUCCGUCAUGUACUAGUUAUUGUGGCUCUGAAAUGUUCAACAGAAAUAUGAUAACAAAUAAAUCCAAUUAAUUAAAGAAAACCAGA